UUUCCUCUUCGAAACACUUGCUUCACACAGUAAGCUCUCUGCCUGAGAUACAGUAACUGGCAUUAGCACAGUGUUAAGACUGAGCCUGGACCAACGGGUGGACCAUCAGUCAGGGCAUCCUCUCUUACGACAUCCCCCAUCCCCCUCACCUUGCUCAGCAUCACCCCCACCUUGCUCAGCAGAGAACUACCAUGAUCUCACUCCAGAGGAUGUUGGGCCUCAUGCUCAUGCUGUUACAUGGAGUAGUUACCUUUCCUCUUGAGCUCAACUCUCCCAGAGUGGUGGUGAGAUAUGGAGACUCAGUCUCAGUCAACUGCAGCACAUCAUCCACAGACCAUGAUGGGAUGGGCUGGGAGGCCACAUUCGGAGGUACAAGUUUAGAACAAGAUGUCAACGUUGUCACCUGGACUGUGGAUAACCUUACUGAUUGGACAAUAGAACCCAAAUGCUACAUCAAUCUCAUUGAUGGCAAACAACCCUCAACAGUACUUCCAGUCAUUCUCUACAAGACUCCAGACAGAGUCUCCAUCUCUGUUCUGAACCACUCUGGUCCAAUGGUGGAGGGGACACAGUACCAGCUGCAGUGUGACAUUCAGAACAUCGCUCCUCUACAGAACCUGGUCGUGAAGUGGUACAAAGGGAAUGAAUUCUUAGAUAAUGUAACUUACAGUCACGUCAGUAAGAGACCAGAGGAUGUGUCAGCUACUCUGAUGAUCAGCCCCAGUAGAGAUGAUGAUCGAGAUCAGUAUAGAUGUAGAGCAGAACUGGACCUGGGACCAGAGGGACCACAACCCCAUCCUACAGUGACAUCAGAACCUCUCAGCAUUACUGUUCACUAUGCUCCUGAGUUCCUUCCAGGAAAUGACACGGUGGAGGUGAGUGCAGGCAGUGAUGUGUCUCUGGACUGCAGUGCUGAGGGGAACCCUCCUCCUGAGCUGAGGUGGACCAACAACAUUUCAGAGGGAAAUGCCAAUGAGACCACUGUGGGGCGCCUGCGUACUCUCAAUAUCUCCAGAGUAACAGCUAAUGCAACUUACAACUGCACAGUCACAAAUAGACUGGGCUCCAUCACCAAGCAGAUACAUGUCUUAGUAGAUGUACCUCCACAACAACACCCAACGAUGUUCUCCACAGCACCUUCAACUCCAGAAACUAUGACCACCCUUCCAGGAACAGCCAAGCCAAAAGUAGUUACCUUUCCUCUUGAGCUCAACCCUCCCAGAGUGGUGGUGAGAUAUGGAGACUCAGUCUCAGUCAACUGCAGCACAUCAUCCACAGACCAUGAUGGGAUGGGCUGGGAGGCCACAUUCGGAGGUACAGGUUUAGAACAAGAUGUCACCUUUGUCACCUGGACUGUGGAUAACCUUACUGAUUGGACAAUAGAACCCAAAUGCUACAUCAAUCUCAUUCAUGGCGAACAACCCUCAACAGUACUUCCAGUCAUUCUCUACAAGACUCCAGACAGAGUCUCCAUCUCUGUUCUGAACCACUCUGGUCCCAUGGUGGAGGGGACACAGUACCAGCUGCAGUGUGACAUUCAGAACAUCGCUCCUCUACAGAACCUGGUUGUGAAGUGGUACAAAGGGAAUGAAUUCUUAGAUAAUGUAAUUUACAGUAACGUCAGUAAGACACCAGUGGAUGUGUCAGCUACUCUGAUGAUCAGCCCCAGUAGAGAUGAUGAUGGAGAUCAGUAUAGAUGUAGAGCAGAACUGGACCUGGGACCAGAGGGACCACAACCCCAUCCUACAGUGACAUCAGAACCUCUCAGCAUUACUGUUCACUACGCUCCUGAGUUCCUUCCAGGAAAUGACACGGUGGAAGUGAGUGCAGGCAGUGAUGUGUCUCUGAACUGCAGUGCUGAGGGGAACCCUCCUCCUGAGAUGAAGUGGAACUACACCGCUGCACGCAAUGUGAAGUUGUCCACUGAGGGGCGCCAGAGGACUGUUAGAAUCACCACAGCUACGUUUACCAACGCUGGGAUCUACAUCUGCACUGCCACGAAUAUAGUUGGGACGGCCACCAGAACAACAACAUUAUUAACUAUGAAAGGUGGCUCCUCGAGUAUAAUUUAUAUAAUUUGGGUGAUUGUAUUUGUUUCCCUGGUCAUUGUCCUGGUAGUCCUGAUAGUCUUCUGUAUGAUGAAGAAAAGACAAGGACAUUAUGAUUUCAUACCAGUCAACCAGCCAAACAACAUUCCAAUGAUGCCAAUGUCUACAACAGGGGAAGGCAACCAUGAUCCAGAGGGGUAUCCUACGAAGGUUUGAGGAGUUACCUCAGUAAAUUAGAUAAACUCGGAGUUCAACUCGGGAUAGCCAGUCAUAGGAAAGUGUCUCACCCUUUAGCCAGGUACAUUUCAGAACUAAUCUGCUCCUGGGCAGGCUAACUCCAGUCCAGUAGAGGUUACUGAGGGGAGAACGGUCUAUAAUAAUGGCUGGAACGGAGCGUGGAUACCAUUCCACUGAUUGCGCUCCAGCCAUUACCAUGAGCCCGUCUUCUCCCGAUUAAUGUGCCAACAAUCUCCUGUGAACUCCACUUACCCUGACUGAAGUGACUGAGCCACGAGUUGAAGACCAAUUAAAUACGAAUCCCUCUCGCUUGUAAAGAUUGCGUCAUCAUCUACUGCAUUUGAGGAAGACAAUCUUUUAUUCAUGAAAUGUUUUUUUGUGUGUAGAUGUUUUUUUUUUUUUUUUUGGGGGGGGGGGUUCAAAUAUAUCACAUUCCAAAUUUUGUAAUGACAGAAUGCAUUUUAAACUUCACGCACAGUAACACUUUUGUACAACAUUAACAUUAUUUGGUCUACAUGCAACACUGGGAUUUAAUAAAUAAAAUCCUUAAAAAUA